CCAAAUAUUCUCUAAUGUAUUGAGUAUUCGCUAACCCCUAAAACAUGCUUUUUAAUGCAAAGUAAAUUUUUUCCUAUGAAGUUGGCAUUUCACGAAUCGUUAAGAAAUCUUACUCCCAUUUAACUGCAUAGGCCAUAAAUACCUACUACCUCUAAUUAUCAAUUUAAAAAUAAUAAUUAUUAUUUGUAUUUAAUGUAACAGAUUUAACGAACCAUCAACAAAACAAAAAAAUGACUUCAUAUCUAUUAUAAUGGAUAUGAUAGCAGGAGAUUUACAACCCAUUUCAUACUUGGAAAAUAAUGGUUUUCGAAAAAUUGUCAGUUUUUUAGAUUCCCGUUAUUUGGAGCAUAUUCCUAGUCGUCGUACCCUUACUAGGAAAAUAAUGCCUGACAUUUAUCAAUCUACCAAAGUAAAAGUGCAACAAAUGUUAAUUGAAUCUAAUUAUGUUGCCAUUACAUCAGAUAUUUGGACAUCUUUAAAUGCUGAUUCUUUUUUAACAGUUACUGCUCAUGUAUAUAAUACAAAUUAUGUACUGAAAACAUUUGUACUAACAACAGAAAAACUUAAUAAAAAUCAUACAGCACAAUACUUAUAUGAAACAUUGAUUGAAAUAUUUGAAGAAUGGAAAAUAAUUAAUAAAGUAGUAGCUAUUGUAACCGAUUCUGGUGCUAACAUAAAGGCUGCAAUAAAAAAAAUGAAUGGCAUACCUCAUAUUCCAUGUACUGCACAUAAGUUGAACUUAGUGGUGACAAACGCACUAAAAAUUCAGUGUGGUGCAGAUGAAAGUGACGUAGAUAACAAUAUUGGUUGGGAUGGAGUUAACGAUUUAAACAUUUUAUUAAAAAAAUGUCGUUCAAUAGUAACAUUUUUUAAAAAAAGUGAAAUUGGACAUCGCUGUUUACAAGACAAGUUAAAACAACUAAGUUUACCCGAUUUGAAAUUAAAGCAAGAUGUGUCAACCCGUUGGAACAGUAGCCUCUUAAUGCUUGAAAGGUUGGUAACAUUAAAAGAACCACUUACUUGUGUCAUGAUGUCGCUAAAGGAUGGUCCAACAAUGCUCCUACCAAUGGAAUGGAGAAUUAUAGAGGAUAUUAUACCACUGCUAACACCAUUUAAUUUAAUGACAACAGAACUUUCAGGAGAAAAAUACCCAACACUUGCCAUGGUUAUACCUUUAGUGAGAGGUGUGAAUAUUGCUCUUAAUUCUAAAAUAAUGGAGACAGAAUUAGGUGUAGCAUUAAAAACUAAAUUGAUAAAAAAUAUGUCAGAUCGUUUUAAUCUGAUUGAAGAUAAUGAUGUUUCACCUUGUUUUUCAAUUUCAACAGUUCUUGACCCAAGGUUUAAGAAAGUAGCUUUUACAAAUAUAGAGUUGGCCAAUAAAGCUAUACAGAGUAUAAAUAAUGAAUUAGCUGCAUCAAUUGGUAAUGAACUAAUGAAUAAUGAUUAUUUGAGAACCCACUGGCUACUGCCUACUACCUAUUAUUUUCAUAUAUAUGCUAACCUUAAUAUUAUUUUCUAA